CUGACAUACAGGAAGAAGUUGAUUAAGUGCAAAAACACAGCGCUUUUCUCAAACUCGCCUGCUUGUUUUUCCUCUUGCGCUUUCACCUUACUCGAUCGACUUUCCCGAGCGGCAGAUCUGGAAGAAUGAAGGCGAAUCUGAUGGCUGAUGCCAAACUGGAGGCGCUGUAACGUGUGGAUUUGUUCAUAAAUGGAAAAGCAAGAACGAGUGUGAAACAUAUCUUCGGUGAAAAUGCCAGAGCACAGAUCCAGUUUUCUUCACAUUGGAGACAUUGUGUCUCUGUACGCGGAAGGCUCGGUGAAUGGCUUCAUCAGUACUUUGGGGCUUGUCGAUGAUAGGUGUGUUGUCCAGCCUGAAGCUGGAGACCUGAACAACCCACCCAAAAAGUUCAGAGAUUGCCUCUUUAAGGUGUGUCCCAUGAACAGAUACUCAGCCCAGAAACAGUUCUGGAAGACAAAACAAGGGAAACAAGGAAACAACAACACACAGGGAGAACUCUUUAAAAAGUUACAGCAUGCAGCAGAACUGGAGCAGAAGCAGAACGAUUCAGAGAACAAGAAACUUCUUGGAGAAGUUGUCAAGUACAGCAGUGUUAUCCAGCUCCUGCACAUAAAGAGUAAUAAGUACCUGACGGUGAAUAAGCGACUCCCUGCUUUGCUUGAGAAGAAUGCCAUGCGGGUUUCUUUGGACUCGGCUGGAAAUGAGGGCUCCUGGUUCUAUAUUCAGCCCUUCUGGAAGCUCCGCAGCGAAGGAGACAAUGUGGUGGUUGGAGACAAAGUGGUGCUGAUGCCAGUGAACGCCGGACAGCCGCUUCACGCCAGUAACAUUGAGCUUUUGGAUAACCUUGGAUGCAAAGAGGUCAAUGCUGUUAACUGCACCACCAGCUGGAAAGUCACCUUGUUCAUGAAGUUCAGUGACUACAGGGACGAUGUCCUAAAAGGAGGAGACGUUGUGAGGUUGUUUCAUGCCGAGCAGGAGAAGUUUCUAACCUGUGACAAGCACAAGGAUCAUCAGUACGUUUUUCUCAGGACCACACUGCGGCAGUCUGCCACCUCUGCUACCAGCUCCAAGGCUCUGUGGGAGAUUGAGGUUGUGCACUAUGACCCCUGUCGGAGUGGAGCUGGACAGUGGAACAGUCUCUUCCGCUUCAAACACCUGGCGACUGGAAAUUACCUGGCAGCUGAGGUAAACCCUGAAUUCAUACCCAAAACUGUGGAGACCAAAGGAGAUGUGAAUCAGAAUGAGACAGAUAUUGUGUACUCGAAGAAGAAGAAUCAAGCAGCAGACAGGAUUGCUUUCACCUUGGUUUCUGUUCCUCAUGGGAAUGACAUUUCAUCUCUGUUUGAGCUGGAUGCCACCACUCUGCAGCGUGCCGACUGUCUCGUGCCCAGAAACUCCUAUGUAAGACUUAGACACCUGUGCACCAACACCUGGGUGACCAGCACCAACGUCCCCAUUGAUGCAGAUGAGGAGCGUCCAGUUAUGCUCAAGAUCGGCACCUGCUCUACUAAAGAGGACAAAGAAGCAUUCGCCAUUGUGUCUGUUCCCCUAUCAGAGGUCAGAGACUUGGACUUUGCUAAUGAUGCAAACAAAGUCUUGGAGUCCACUGUGAAGAAGUGUCUCAACGCCAGUAUUACUCAAAAUGAGAGGAGGUUUGUCACUAAGCUUUUGGAGGACCUGGUUUACUUUGUGUGUGUGGUGCCCAACAACGGAGAGGAUGUUCUGUCUGUGGUCACAUCCACGCCCAACCGGGAGCGGCAGAAACUCAUGCGGGAACAAAACAUCCUUGCCCAGAUAUUUGGCAUCCUGAAGGCUCCAUUUACAGAUAGUGGCGAUGGGCCAAUGCUAAGGUUGGAGGAUCUGGGAGACCAGCGCUAUGCUCACUACAAGUAUAUGUUCAGCCUGUGCUACAGGAUCCUACGCCACUCCCAACAAGACUAUCGCAAGAACCAGGAAUAUAUAGCCAAAAAAUUCACAAUCAUGCAGGCUCAGAUCGGGUAUGAGAUUCUGGCUGAAGACACGAUCACUGCACUGGUGCACAACAACCGCAAGCUGCUGGAAAAACACAUUACAGCCAGAGAGAUUGAGACCUUUGUCAACCUGCUGAGGCGCAACAGAGAACCCAGAUUUCUGGACUAUUUGUCUGAUCUUUGUGUGUCCAACAAGACGGCCAUCCCCAUCACACAAGAGCUUAUCUGUAAAUUCAUGCUGAAUCCUUCCAAUGCAGAUAUCCUCAUCCAGACCAAACUAAUCUCAAACAUAGAGACCACCAACCUGGAGUCCUCUCUGAUACAAGAAGAUGGGGAUGAGGAGGAGGUUUGGCUCUAUUGGAUCGACAGCAACAAGGAGCCUCAUGGCAAAUCCAUCCGCCACAUGGCCCAGGAUGCUAAGGCCAGCCACAAGUGUGAUGCCGAGAUCAUUACCUACUACAGAUACCAGUUAAACCUGUUUGCUAAAAUGUGUCUGGACCGACAGUACCUAGCCAUCAACCAGAUCUCCAGUCAGCUAUCUGUGGAUCUGCUCCUGCGGUGCAUGUAUGACGACUGCCUGCCCUACAACCUCAGAGCCUCCUUUUGCCGCCUCAUGUUGCAUAUGCAUGUGGAUCGUGACCCACAGGAGUCCGUGGUUCCUGUGCGCUAUGCCCGCCUCUGGACCGAGAUCCCCUCCAAGAUCAACAUUAACGAGUUUGAGUACGAGUCAACCGACAGCUCAACGGAGGAAAUGAAGAAGAAGUUUGCUCCAACUAUGGAGUUUGUGGAAGAAUAUCUUAAGGAUGUGCUAAACCAGGCUCAUCCUUUUGAGGAAAAAGCUAAGAAUGAACUCACAUUGGAGGUGGUGAACCUGGCUCGAAAUCUGGUUUACUUUGGUUUUUAUAGCUUUAGUGAGUUGCUGCGCCUCACGCGCACUCUGCUGUCCAUCUUGGAUUUUGUCCAGUACCCGGCCAGCCCCUUGAACAAGCUCAACAAAGGCCCAGAGGCUGGCGGCAACAAUGUCCUGCGAACGAUCCACGGUGUUGGUGAAAUGAUGACUCAGAUGGUGAUGAGUCGAGGUGUGCCACACAUCCUCCCUGACUCUCCUCCUCCUCUACGCUAUGGGAAGGUGCUCUUCCUGCCUGAAAAUGAGGAUUUGAUGGUGAUGGACACAAAACUAAAGAUCAUCGAGAUCCUGCAAUUCAUCUUGAGUGUGAGGUUGGAUUACAGGAUCACAUACUUACUGUCGAUCUACAAGAAAGCGUUUGGGGACAGGGCCUUAACUGACAGCUCGAUGUCUUUGGCCGAUGUGCCUCCAAUAACACCUUCUGAACCUGACAUAGAUGAGAUUGUACAAAAAGCAGAGAGCAUGUUUGUAGAAAGCUCUGACUUCAGCUCUGAGUGGAGCGCGGUGGAGCUGGACGGUGAGGAUGGCCGGACAUUUUUGAGAGUUCUGAUCUAUCUCAUCAUGCAAGAUUAUCCCCCACUGGUAUCUGGGUCUCUGCAGCUCCUCUUUAAACACUUCAGUCAGAGAUCUGAGGUGCUGGAGGCCUUCAAACAGGUCCAGCUGCUCGUGUCAGAGCAGGAUGUAGAGAACUACAAGCAGAUCAAGUCGGAUCUGGACCAGCUGCGUCUGACCGUUGAGAAGUCAGAGCUGUGGGUGGAGAAGAGCAUAGUCUACACCGGUGAAGAACUUGCUGCCAAGAUGGCCAAAGAGCCAAACACUGAGGAGGCUGUUCUGAGCCCAGUGCAGGAUGGGGAAAGUAAACCUCAGAUUGACGGUAACAAGGCAAACAACUAUAACAUAGUAAAAGAGAUCCUGCUGCGGCUCAGUAAGCUGUGUUACGGCAACAAGAAGAGUCGCGCGCAGCAGCAGAGGCUGCUGAAGAACAUGGGAGCUCAUACAGUGGUGCUGGACCUGCUGCAGAUCCCUUAUGAGAAGAGUGAUGACAAGAUGAAUGACAUCAUGACCCUGGCACAUACAUUUCUCCAAAACUUUUGCAAAGGAAACCAUCAGAAUCAAGUUCUCCUACAUAAACAGCUGAACCUCUUCCUCACUCCAGGGCUGCUGGAAGCUGAGACGAUGCGCCACAUCUUUAUGAACAACUACCAGCUGUGCAAUGAGAUCAGUGAGCGGGUGGUCCAUCAUUUUGUCCACUGCAUCGAAACGCACGGAAGACAUGUUCAGUACCUCAAGUUUUUGCAAACCAUUGUGAAGGCUGAUACAAAAUAUGUAAAGAAAUGUCAGGACAAAGUCAUGACAGAGCUGGUGAACGCUGGUGAGGACGUGCUGGUGUUCUACAACGACCGCUCGUCUUUCCAGGUGUUGUUACAAAUGAUGGGCUCUGAGCGGGAGCGGGGCGAUGAGUAUGGAGCUCUGGCGUAUCACAACACACUCGUGGAGCUGCUGGCUGCCUGCACCGAGGGAAAGAACGUCUACACUGAGCUGAAAUGCAAUUCCCUGCUGCCGCUGGAUGACAUUGUUAAAGUUGUCACUGAUGUGAAUUGCAUACCAGAGGUCAAAACUGCUUAUGUGAACUUUGUGAAUCACUGCUAUGUGGACACAGAGGUCGAAAUGAAGGAGAUCUACACCUCCUCCCAUAUCUGGAAGCUCUUUGAUAACUUCCUGGUGGACAUGGCCAGUACAAACCAGUCUAUCUUCAUCAAGCUCCUCCAGUCAGCCUUCCGGAUUUACAACUGCACAUGGCUCAGCUCAGCUCAGAAGGCUAAUAUUGAGAGUUGUAUCAAAACGCUGUCCGAUGUGGCUAAGGCACGGUCCAUAGCCAUCCCUGUUGAUCUGGACAGCCAGGUCAACACUUUGUCUCUCAAGUUCCAUAGUAAUAUGGUGCAGCGGGCAGCUAAAGAUUGGAGGAUCUCUGCACGUACACGACCUCGCAAGGAGCCACUGGGUGGGCCUGACUAUAAGAACAUCAUAGAGAAGCUGCAGGGAGUUGUGUCCCAUCUGGAGGAGCAGUUCAGUCCAAAGGUUCAGGCAGAGUUUUCUGUGCUGGUGGAUGUUCUGCACAGCCCAGAACUGCUGUUUCCAGAGCCUGCUCGUUUACGCUGUGAGGGUGGAGCUUUUAUGUCCAAACUAAUCAAACACACCAAGAAGCUGAUGGACAAAGAGGAUAAAUUGUGUCUGAAGAUCCUGGAGACGCUCAGAGAGAUGCUGGAAAAGAAGGAAAGCUUUGAGCAAUCUGGAAACGACUUGAGAAAGAUUCUCCUCACACGCUACUUUGGAAAUCAAAAGCUUCUCUCCAAGUCAGAGCUCGGGAGUGGAAACAGCUCAUCUGGUGGCUUUGUCAAGCAGUCACCUGGAGGAGGUUCUCCCAUGGUAGACGCUGACAAGCCAGCCACCAGUGUUUCGGAUAUUCAGUGUCUUUUGGACAAUGUUGGGGCAACAGAGAUGGUAAUUGAACUCAUCGUCAACACCAAGAAUGAUCGACUGUUUAAGGAGAGCAUCGAGCUGGGCAUUGCCCUUCUCAGGGGUGGAAACACACAGAUACAGAACUCAUUCUACAGCCAACUGAACAAGCAGAAAAAGUCCGAGAGGUUCUUCAAGGUUUUCUACGACCGCAUGCGUUUGGCCCAGCAGGAGAUUCGAGCCACCGUGUCGGUCAACAUGUUUGAAGUCAGCUGCAGAAAAAGGGACGAUGACAGUGAUGUCAGUAGUAUCAGGGUUAAAAAAGGGAAAGAUUCUGGGCUUCACAUGAGGGACGACAUGCGAGGGCAGCUAAAAGAACAUGUCCAUUUUUUUCUUUUCCAGAGCUGUAUAGCUAAACAUGAGUCAAAUGGUAUUGAUAUUAUUAUAGCACUGAUUGUCAACGCCAUCAACCCCCUGGGUAAGGAUCGCCUGGACCUGGUGCUGCAACUCAAGAACAAUGCCUCCAAGCUCCUGUUAGCUAUCAUGGAGAGCUGCCAUGACAGUGAGAACGCAGAGAAGAUUCUCUACAAGAUGAGACCCACUGAAUUGGUGGAUGUCAUGAAGGACGCCUACAAACAGGGUUUGCAGAGUGAAGAUGACGACGACGGCAUGGGAGACGAGAUCAAACCUAAAGAUGUCGGACACAACAUUUACAUCCUGGCCCACCAGUUGGCCAGGCACAACAAAAUCUUGCAGCAGAGCCUCACCCCUGGGUCAGGGUUAGGUCUGGGGUCAGGCAUGGACUACGAUAAAGAAAAGGAUGAUGCCCUCCGUUACUAUGCGAACCACACAGCUCAGAUAGAGAUUGUGCGUAAUGACCGCAGCAUGGAGCAGAUAGUCUUUCCAGUUCCUAACAUCUGCGAGUACCUAACUGAGGAGUCAAAGACGCGUGUGUUCACCACCACUGAGAGAGAUGACCAAGGCAGCAAGGUUAAUGACUUCUUCCACCAGUUUGACAACCUCUACAAUGAGAUGAGGUGGCAGAAGAAGAUCCGCAAAAAUAAGGCUCUGUUCUGGUUCUCACGUCACAUCUCUCUUUGGGGGAGCAUCUCCUUCUACUUGGCGAUGUUUUGUGCCUUGUUCGAUUGUUUAUUCUUCCACACAGGCACAUUAUCCCCAUUCUGGAAUAUCUUACUGUGGGUGGCAUUGGGAGUCUUCACCGCACUGCUUCCCGUCUUACCUAAACCAAUAGGCAUCGGGUUCUUCCUGGUCUCCCUUAUUCUGCGUGCUAUCUACACAAUGGGCCUCGGCCCUGCGCUGCUUUUGCUCGGUGCUGUCAACCUUUUCAACAAGUUGGUGUUUCUUGUAAGUUUUGUGGGGAACCAGGGGACGUUCACUCGAGGCUACAAAGCAGUCGUGAUGGACAUGCUCUUUAUCUACCAUUUGUGGUAUGCCAUCAUCUGCGUCCUGGGCCUCUUUGUUCAUGAGUUCUUCUACAGCUUUUUGCUGUUCGACCUGGUGAUCCGAGAGGAGACGCUGCUCAAUGUGAUAAAGAGAAAAAGGGAUUUAUUGAGUAACAGCGAGGUUGCAGGCUCAUGUUUGAAUGAGAGAUGCCCUGCUUCUACACCCACAUCUGUUCCUGGUGAAGAUGAUGGGACCGAGCGGGUGUGCGACACUCUGCUCAUGUGUAUAAUCACUGUAUUGAACCAGGGCCUGCGUAAUGGAGGUGGUGUGGGAGAUAUUCUCAGGAGACCCUCCAAAGAGGAGCCGCUAUUUGCAGCUCGAGUGGUUUACGACCUUCUGUUUUUCUUUGUUGUCAUCAUCAUCGUUCUCAACCUCAUCUUUGGUGUUAUCAUUGACACCUUUGCAGACCUGAGGAGUGAGAAACAGGGGAAGGAGGAAAUCCUCAAAACCAGUUGUUUCAUCUGUGGGUUGGAAAGAGACAAAUUUGAUAACAAAACGGUGUCCUUUGAGGAGCAUAUCAAGUCUGAACACAACAUGUGGCACUACCUUUACUUCAUGGUUCUGGUGAGAGUGAAGGAUCCAACCGAGUACACUGGUCCUGAGAGCUACGUAAACAAAAUGAUUGCAGAGAAGAACUUGGACUGGUUCCCCCGUAUGAGAGCCAUGUCUCUGGUGAGCAGCGAGGGAGACAACGAGCAAAACGAGAUGCGGUCUCUGCAGGAGAAAAUGGAGAACACUGCCAAUCUGGUGGCUCAGCUCUCAGGCCAGCUGGCUGAGCUCAAAGAACAGAUGACAGAACAGAGGAAAUACAAACAGAGGCUCGGAUUCCUGGGUCCUCCUCAGCCCAAUCAUCACAUUCCAACUCACUGAGCGCUGCUAUUGGCUCACUAUAAAGCCAGAGAGAAACGCAGACACAUGAACUGCAGCCUUGAGAACAACACUUGUAUUCAAAUGUACACCUACAAUUACUGAUGUCAAAAUUUGCAAGGGACCAGCAAGUGUUGAUGCUUAAUUUUAGACAUAGUGCCUUUUCUGUGACAUAACGUGACACAAACACGGCCUUAUUUGGAGACAGCGUGCCUUUUGUGCCCACUCAGCCAUAAGGGCCCUUGUGUACAGAAAAACUGGUCUGUCAAUGAUUGACCAGGCACAGCACACACCUUCCAAUGUAGUGAUAGCGUGCCAGACAGAAGCUGAGGGAAAUGUUAAGGUAGGUUAAUGGUUAAGUGCUGUCAAGCCUGUGGACAUCUGUCUUGGCCUCUGCUCCACCACUGUCACAGUGCUGAUCAGCCAGCCCCACAGAGGUCAAUGAUUGGCUUGCAGGCUUCCAGAGGAAGAGUGUGCACACUAAGAUCAAGAAUUUUACCUUUUUUAGAUUUUUGUUGGUAUUUAUGAGAAAAUUGUUGGUUCAUAACUGGAGGACUAUUUUUGCAUUUUGGGAAAAAAAAAGACUCAUGCUGCCUUACUCGUUAACUUUUAUAAAUGGAACAUUGCAAUUGCUGAAAGUGCACUUUUUUUUCUUUUUUUUUUUAAAAAGGGUAAAAACCUUUAACUGCAAACAGUAACAGGUUGGUUUGAGGUAUUAUUAUUAUUAUUAUUCGAAUGCUUUGUGUUCUGUUUAAAUACGCAUUCACCGCACCACUUCAGUUGCCUUUUACAGAUUUCUAUGUCAUAUAUAUAUAUAAAUGUGAAUAAACUUAUUUCCUGUGCAAAACUUUCUUGAUGGUCUUAAAUCAUAUAUUGAUACAUCUUGACUGAAGAUGGUAAGCUCACAGUUUUUUGUUACGUUAUGAGCAUCCUUGUGUUUAUAGAGAUGUAAGCUAAUACUGUAAUUCACUGUAUCUGCUCUAACAUCCAUCUCCUACUGUUUUAUAAAGUGUCUUUUAGUGUAAAUAAUUUUCACUAGUCCCUCGUGAAGUGCAGUUGAGAAGUCUGCAGUUGUUUUAAAGUUGCACAGAUGAACACCAGACUGUGGCGUACUCCAUCACUCAAUGUCCUGAGACACCGUUAGCUGAAAGGCAGUGUGUAGAAAAAUGUUUCAACUCUCUAGUAAAGUUCAGUUCAAAUCUUCUUGUUGGAAAUGGAUGAGUACUCACCGUGAGCCCCUCUACACCAGUCUUAACUUACUUGUGCUCGUCCAUGAGGGGGACGCAAGAUGUCACGUCUUCUUUUAGAUGAGCUCAUAUUUCGGCUCAGUUUCAUGACUGUUAUGACAAAUUUACUUCUUCCAGCUUUGCUACACCCCUUGUAUUUAAAGGGGACUAAUUAUGUACAUUUCAAGCCCAGUAUUUUUAUUCUUGUACUUUACUUGAGUAGCUAUGCGUGAUUCAAAUUACAAAAUAAUCUUUAUUAAUUUUGCUUAUAUCUAAGUAUAGUGCGGCCCCUUGCUUCAUCGUCUGUCUGUAACAAGCUGUUUUACUUGCUUUGCCUUUAAGUUAACUUUCCACUGACUGUCUCCGCCUGGCAAAGAUGUUGUCUACAUUAAAUGAAACUUUGACUAUGUAUAAUAUAAGUAUCCAUGAAUAAAUAUGAUGGAAAAUGGCAAAAAAAAUAAAAAGCAUAAGGCCUCCUUUCA